AUGCCUCCUGCAACGGUUCGCCGUGGGGCAGCGAGUGCGUGUGACGGCGCCGCACACAACCACGGCAACUUAGAAGAGAAGGGGGCACACACACACAAAUACGAAAAGGAGGAGAGGGGACUUAAUAUGCCACGUUCCCGUGCUCCAUUGUGGCGAAGAAGCGAGGCGUCAUCUUAUCUUGUGCGCUCGCCAAGUACGGCGAGUGGCGUAGAAAACAUGGAUAACAUUUUUAGUGGUGGCUAUAGCAAGAGACGGAAGAGGUCUAAAGAUGCACCGGCUCUUGACGUGCUUAGCUUGGUGCCGAGCGAUGACAGCAGUGUCGUCACCGCCACUCCAGUUACGAGCGCAGGGGUCUUUGUGACGCCUAGCCCCAUUCUUGCCACGCUGUCAACAAGCGAAUGGCUCAUGCUCUCGAGGAAUCACUGUGAAUCGUCUCACCCCUCGUCCAUGGAGAAGCCAUUGUCUGGGGUUAUAAUUACCGCCGAGGUGGGAGGAUGGUUGCGUGUGCGGGACCAACGGAAUGGUACUAUUCGCUAUCAGCGCCGUCUACGCUAUGUGAGUAAUCCCUCAUGUCUAUGCUGGAGCUUAUCUUUCUGCUGCAUAUUCUUCGUUGGUCAGCAAUGUGGUUUAUUGACGAUGCUGCAACUGAAAAAUGAAAGCAUCAUUGAGGUUGCGGAUUGCGUGCUUCACGAAGCCCCGAUUGUGGCGAUGGUUCGUGUGUUUGUAAAUGUGCAUGGUGGCGCAAAAGGGUCAGUCGCUGUGAAAAGGCC